CACCAAACAAUUCUUUCCUUUAAGUAAACUCCAAGCCGCCUCUUCUCUUCUUUAUUCUCCCCUCUUCAAAUCUUAUUUAUCUUUCACCAAAAACCCAUGAAAAUUAAUCCUUCAUGGAAAGACAAAACCAAUUCAAUUUUGUCUUAUUUUUCUCUCUUAUAAUUGCCCUUGGCCUUAUCUCCUUCUCUUUCUGCCUUGCUGCUGAAUUCAGGAAAUCAGAGAAAAAGGAUCUGAGGUUUGAUGAGAAGCUUUGUUAUUUGCACCGAAGCCCAGCUUUCGGAUUCGGAAUAGCCGCCUUAAUCUACCUUUUCGCCGGUCAGGUCAUCGGAAACUUGUUCAUCUGCAGAAAGUUUAGUCGGAGAGAUCAUAGGAGUGGUUGUGAUAACAAAAUAAAAAGGCCUUCAAUUGCUUCCAUUUUGCUGGUUUUCUCAUGGAUUACCUUUGGAAUUGCUGUUAUUCUAGUAAGUGUAGCCACCAGCAUGAGCAGAAGUCAGCCCUUUGGGGAAGGAUGGUUAGAUGGUGAGUGCUACAUAGUCAAAUCUGGAGUCUAUAUUGGCUCCGGAAUACUGGCUGUGCUCACUCUUGGUUUAACCCUAGGUUCAACCAUAGUAAUUAUAAGGCAAAAGCGAGUUGAAGAAGACAGAAAAGUGCACGCACAAAAUGAAUGAGAAAGAAAAUUUAGAAUUCGCGAGUCAAAUGAACAUAGAAACGCUCAAAUGUGUUGGUAGAGCUGCACGUCUUUUUCACCAUAGCUAUCUAUUACGCAAAUUUUUUGGUAGGUGACAAAUGACAAAGAAAUGAUAAAUUUAUUUACUAUUUACAGUCGAGCGUGGUGCAUAUAGAAUUAAUUUUAUUUUUUUAUUUUUUGGUUAAAGGUUGUAUGCUUGUACCUUACUAGACUAACGAGUUUGAAUUUAUCUCUAGCAACAGAAAUGUUUCUAUCCA